UGAUCAAAAUAAUAUCCUUCCGCGUUCAUAUUUAAUUGGUAAAUGAAAAGAAAAAUGCCCUCUUUUGCUGUAUAACUCACGGUUUAUAAUAAAAACGAAAUUUUCAUGUAUUUGUAAUGAAAAAAAUUCAUUCCAAUCUCCUGAAAAUCACAUUUUAGACCUAUAUUUUACCUGCAUGGUUCUCGAGAUGAGGGAGACCUUCGGCUCGCCAUUUUGUCAACAAAAGCAAAUGGUGAAACGAUAGACGACGAUUGUAUUUUGGUAUAAAGAUCUUUUUCUUCUCAACUUGUAGGUUAACGAAUUGAAAUGAAGUGGUUAUAUAAAGAAGAACACCCCUUCGAAAAGAGGAGACAAGAAGGAGAAAAAAUUAGGAAGAAAUAUCCCGAUAGAGUACCGGUAAUUGUAGAAAAGGCAGCCAAAGCAAGAAUAGGAGACCUUGACAAGAAGAAAUAUCUUGUACCAUCAGAUUUAACAGUGGGACAGUUCUACUUCCUGAUCAGGAAAAGAAUUCAGCUGAGGCCUGAGGAUGCGCUGUUUUUCUUUGUGAAUAAUGUCAUUCCUCCAACCAGUGCAACGAUGGGACAACUCUACCAGGAUCACCAUGAAGAGGACUUCUUCUUGUACAUAGCAUACAGUGAUGAGAGUGUCUAUGGAGCGUAGGACGUCCUUGCACGCCGGAGCCCAUGAGGCUGGAUGCCUGCUCAUAUGUGAUUUAUGAACUUUAUCUGCCCUUCAAUGAAAGGAACAACAAAAAAUACAUAAAAAUGAAAAAUCUUUGAAAGUAUAAAGAAAAAGCCAACAACAAAAACAAACAAACCUUAAUGUAUUAUAGCGGUAUUAAAGCACUAGAUAGUUUUAAUCUGCACUGACAUUGUGUAUACCUUUGUCCGGUCAAUGCCAUUGUGUCAUCCAAGUUAUUGUGGUGUUAUUUUUUCAUUUCACUUUUAUUCUGUAAAUCUGGUAUAAGUGUAUAAUUUAUAUAAAUGCAAUGGAUGCAUUGAUAGCUUACCCAAUUUGAACUUUUAUCUUCAAAUUAUCUCUUGUUUUGUUUAUCUUGGGUAAAUAAUGAAAUCUUGAAUUAAGGAGGUCUGUCUGUGUUCAUUUACAACGGUAUGUGCAUGAGAAUAAAAGGAAGACAGCAUGUACAUUAUACAGCCAUUGUGCAUGAUUGUGCUCGUCUACGCUAAAUUAUCAAUGCAUAAAAUUUAGAGGCUCAUGGUCAGCAGAGUACAACAGUGAAUGGAAAACAUAUCGCAGCAUGCCAUACUGCGAACAUGGAGAUAAAUGUAUGCAGCCAAGUCAGCCAAUACUUGUCCCAUGGCCUGCCUUUUAACCAAAAAUGCACAGUUUGACAAUAAUUUUUGGUUCAAUUGCCCUGCAUUAAAGUGGGUUUAAUAGUCGUGUAUAUGUAAAAAAAAAAAGGCCUACUCGACAUGAGUGAGUUGGAAUGUUGAAUGAAAUUCAUUUUUAAGUAAUUGUCACUAAUUUCUGUGCACUUUCCCUAUAAAAAAAAUGCAGGUCAUUUGCAUUUGUUAUUUUGCAUAAAUUUAAUAGCCGAGAAAAAGUAUAGAUUUUCUCCAUAUUUUAUUUUGACAUCCCUCUCCCCAACGCCCCCCCCCCCCAUUGAUAAUUAUGAAAGUGUAAUUAUUUGGGGAAAAAAAGUGAAAAUAUAUUUUGUGCUGCAUCAUCCUCAUAUAUUGAAUCUCACACUGUCUCUUUUGACCCGUUUCCUUUACUCCUUUUUACUUUCCUUUACUUUUUUUUUCACACUUGGAUGUUUUAGCAGUUUUAGGCACCUCUAUUAUAUAUAUAUCUUUUAUUUUUACGAUGCAUGCAUAGCCUUCGUCAGGCUUGUUUGAUUUGAUAGUUUAAACAAUUUUUCAUUAAUGGUCAAUAUCUUUCUGUACAUUUCAUAAUCAAUUUGAAGUAUUCCUUCGUCGAUGUGUAGUAAUGUUAAUAAUAAUCUGAUUAUUUAUAAGGCUCAGAAGACAAACACUGUAUGUAUCUCUGUGCGUACAGAUUGUGAAUACCCCACUGUUAAGCAAAGUGUACCUAAAUUGUUGGUUUUUGCAACUUUCAAGUGGACAAUUUAGCCAGCGUAUACCAUCAUACAUACACUACUCAUGGAAACUUGUUUUAUCAUUUAAUCCUUCGUCUUCAUUUCAAGAUUUGCAGUUUGCUAGCAACACAAAACGAUUUCUUCUUAAAACAAGCAUUUAAUCUCUCGAUAUAGGAAUUUCAAUUUUUUAUGUCAAGAAUCAGGAUUUAAUAAAUAAAACGCUUUCAAUAGCAAGGUAUGUCGGCAUGUGCUGGCUAAAUUGUCCAUACAGUGUAUGAGACAACCAACCCCUUUUAUGUUAUUCUGAAAUAAAACCAGUGUGAGUUUGCAGUCAUUGGCCCGUAAUCUGAAGUUUGGUUUAACUUAAGCCAUGGUCUAACUCUCUGAUAAAAUUAUGGGAAGCAAAAAAUCUCUGAAUUGUGUUAGCAUUUUUGGUUUAUAAUUCUCACUGUGCUCUUUCACCUGCUAUAAUGGCAAAGAAAACUAAUUUAGUUUUCAUUCCUAGACAUUUAUGAAAGAUCUAAAGUAACGGAUGAGCUGGUAAAUUGAACCGCUAUUGUGAAAGAUAUGCAUCACAAAUGGCUUUCCAUAGUAAUACCACAACUUUAGACCAGAGUUUGAAUUAAACCAGAGUUCAGAAUACAGGCCAGUAGCUUUAAACUACUUGAAAUAUUUCUUGUGACUGGAUUCACACGAUAAGCAACUCCCCACGACCAUUUCUAGUAGCAUACAGAAAGUUGUAAUCACUGAUGUUAUUUUGUAUCUACAAAUGUAUGGUUAAGAAAUAUUGUUUUAUUUCAUUUAAGUUUUUUUCUCUCUUUCGCAAUGAAGCAGCCUGUAAAUUAUGAAUAUGUGAGAAGGGAUUAUAGACAUUAAAAAAAGUUUAAGUAGUGUAUAUCGUGCCAUUAAAUAAAAUUACAAUAAUGUAAACAACUUA